AUGUCUGAUAUAAUCGUGAACGUUACGCUCAGCAACCUAGACGGCAACUGGUGUGUCUCUGACGGCUACAUCUUCUCGCUGGAAGACAUCAAGCGACUGAGACAGCUCGGCAUAUGCGGUGUACUGACAGGUACGCUCGGCACCCUGGCACAGCAGAACGUGUUUCUGUCAGUACCGCUGAGACUUCUGGGCGAAGAGGUGCUGUGGAUCAUCACGAACGGGCACGGCAGACUCAAUGUCACCCAGAGCUCGACCGUCCCGCUGUCGCUGCGCUCCACCAGCGUCCGCGAACAAGUCCGUGACGACAAUGCGACCCUGAUCCAGCGUUCGUUCGCCCUGCAGAGAGACACCAAGUUGAAGGAGCACCUCUCCAAGACCCAGAAAUACGGCCAAACCGGCGCAGUGCCGGGGGACCCGGCACUGUUCCAGGAAACCCCGAACGACUCGCUCGUCCUCAAACACACCCGCCGCGACCCCGCCGCCGCCGCCGCCCUGCUGCUCGCAUCCUCGCUGCUCCGCGACCAGUACUGCCACCAACUGGAUCUCUUCUCCUACCUCAAACGCCAGAACUUUGUCGUCUCGCCCGGCGCGAGGUUCGGCGGCAAAUACAUCAUAUACCCAGGCGACCCACUGCGCUACCACUCGCACCUGAUCGUCGCCGACACCCAGGACUACCACCGCGACCCGCUCGACUUCAGCGCCAUCAGCGCCGGCGCCCGACUGGCCACCGCCGUCAAGAAGACCUGGGUCCUCAACGCUCAGAUACCGGAAACCAGAGAAAUAACAUGUUUUUCUGUAGAAUGGGCAGGUUUUGGCUGA